ACCACCACCGCCGCCGCCGCCGCCGCCAGCUGCAUCUUCAUCAGUCGCUCCUCCGGAAAAUUCAUCAACAUCGGCCCCGGGAUCCGUUUCCCACACCUCCGCCACAAUCUCGGCUACGGCCACGACCUCGUCCUUGUCCAGAACUGUGGCUUCGUCAGGGGCUUCGUCCAGAGGCUCUUUGACAGAUCUCCCUACUUCCAGCACUGCCAUCCUCGUUGGCAGUGCCAUCAGCAGUCCCAGCGCUCCUAUCCCAUUCGUUACAUCUGACUCCUCUGCCGCCAUCAAGAUCAUCGCCAUCGUCUGCUCUGUCCUCGUCGCCAUCAUCAUAAUUGUCGUCAUUGUCUAUCUGCGUCGUCGCCGACAGUCGCCUGGGUUCCAGAAAAUGUCGUCGCCAAACGAGUUCACCCCUCUGCCCCUGGACAAGUACAGCCUGGCGGACGAUCUUGCUGCGCCCCAGCCCCCUCGACCAUCGCACCAAGGCAGUGCUCAAAGCUCAGUCCGGUCGCCGACCUCGUUCCGAUCGACGCUGCGGAGUCCCGGUCAAAGUGAGCCCUCGAUGCCCACGCAGCCUGUCCCGUUGGUCGUCCAGGCGCAAGGGGCCACCAGCUCUGUCUACGAGUCGCCAGAGAUUGUGCUUCAGCGACACACGCCGAGCUCGACCAACAACUCGCAGGUUGCUCUGAACAACCUCGGCGCGAGCCCGCUUCGCAAUCCCUUCGAGUCGCCCAGCACCACGCUGUACUCGUACGGGAUCACAGGUCUCACGGCCUCGUCCGCCUCGGCAUCCGCCUCAGCAUCCCCGGCUGCUCCCACUUAUCCGGCGCCUUUCACGACCAUCACCGCCAUCAUGCCGCCUUCCCCGGCCGAGGCCACUGUUGCCAGCUCCACCCUGACCCACGUCAGCCUCAGCCUCGACCAGUUCUCGGCCGAUGAGACCGCCUCGACAACAAGCAGUGGAUACAAUAAUCGGCUCCGGAGCGACUCGACCUUUGGCAGACCCCUCUUUGCCAACCCCGAGGCCAUCUCUGCAAUCGCCCUGUUCGACCCGCUCACCACGACCCCCGCCAACGCUAUCACUGUCACGGACGUGUCCCCUCAGGUCAUUCCCAGCGCCCCCAUCCCUGGCUCGGGCCUGUCUGCUGGCCCGCCGACGCUGGACAUGGGUGCUCUCUAUGCCCGCCACCUCUCCCAGCCGAUCAACACCGUCGACGGCUUCAACACCGUGUCGAUCGUCAACCCGAGCCCGAUCACCGACGGCGCCUCCUUCACAAUCGACCAGGCGACCGCUUCCGAAGCAAGCCGGACCGAUGACGAAGGAAGCCCGAAGCUAUGAGCUCUGCUACAAGGCCUGUCCUCCCCGGACCCUAUUGUUUCUCUACUCUCUCUUUUUUUUUUUUUACCCCCUCCCCUCCACUCUCUUCCUGCCAUCUUUCCUGGUUGCUUUCCAUUUCUCUCUCCCUUCCCUUUUCCUUUCUUGUUCCUUGUGUGCCGCUUCUCUGUCGGACUCACUCGAGAAUACCACCCUCUCCUCUGAUCUUCCAUAUACAUAUAUACAAAAAAAUAUAUACAUUGCCUCCCGUGUA